UUGGAUCAAAUAACUCCUCUUGGUUACACACUGGUUCAAUUGCCUUUGGCACCUGCCUUUGCUAAAAUGAUUGUAAUGUCUUUUCGUGAAGGUCUUCUACCUUAUGCAAUCACUUUAGUAUCAGCUUUAUCGGUUCGCGAGCCUUUAAUUCCUGUAUCGAUAAUCAAAGAAACAACAGUAGAAGAUACUCAAAAAAGAAUGGAAGAAAUUCUCAAGCAGAGGAAACUUUGGUGCUCAUUUGGAGAAGCCAGAUUAUUUGGCGACCUUACUGUCUUACUUAAUGUUAUUGGUGCUGCUGACUACGAAAAGGAAAAUUGUAAAGCACUUUACACGUUUGGGCUUCGCCCUAAAGCUCUUGAUGAAAUAAACAAAUUACGGAAACAACUUGUUUCAAUAAUAAACACUUCAAGUUCAAUACAAAAUAAGCUCAAUGAUAAAUUCAAAAUGGAGCCGCCUGAACAAGAUCAAUUGAGAGAAUUAAGAAAAAUUAUGAUUGAAUGCUUCCCGGAGAAAAUUGCCAAGAAAGUAUCUGAAACAAAUGCAAAAAAAGGAUCAUAUAAAACGCAGAUGCUUGAGGAGUUUGUAUAUCUCGAUCCUGGAUCUAUGCUUUUUAAAGAUCAGCCUGAUUUUGUGCUAUACCAAGAGAUUAUUCAGAUCUCGGAGAGGAAGGUUUUACAAAACAUUAUUGUUGUGGAGCCUGAAUGGAUACCUGAUUUUGUUAUUUUUAAUGAUUUUUAAUUUAUAUCUUGGUAUCUUUUAU